UAGAAGACAGUAUGGCGAGAGUAGUAGAACAGUCACCAUGCACUUUGUCGAAUUGAACAUUAUUCUCUCUUCGUGCUUCUACUUUUCCGAUGCAUUCGGAUUAUACGGCCUCGGAAAUGGAUAUAGAUUUUUUCUAAAAGAACUGAAUUCCACAUUUGGCGCCUUCGACUCCUCUCCGAUCUCAUCCAAAUGGAUUCGGCAACCGUUGGAUCAUUUCGAUCAAAACGAAACUCGAGCUUGGCACAUGAGAUAUUUUGAAAGACUAGAUUAUUGGAAACGUAAAGGUCCAAUUUAUUUGUUUAUCAACGGUGAAGGUCCAGCCAGUCGUGUGUUUCUACAAACUGGAAUUUUGUAUGAAUUGGCUAAAGAAACAAAGGGAGCUAUGUAUUUAGCAGAACACAGGUAUUACGGAAAAAGUAAACCUUUCAAGGAUUUGACUACAGAAAACUUGGCGUACCUCAGUUCCCGACAAGCACUUGCUGAUUUCGCGAAACUAUUAAGGGCAAUUAAGAUGUCACCGAAGUAUAACGAAUCUAAAGUAGUCGUAGUUGGAGGUUCCUAUGCAGGGAACUUGGCAGCUUGGAUGAGACUACUGUACCCUAACUUGGUAGACGCCGCAAUCGCUAGCAGUGCGCCAGUUCUAGCCAAAAAGGAUUUCUACGAAUAUCUAGAAAAUGUUAGUGAAGAUUUCGAACAACACGGUACUCCAGGCUGCUUUGAGAAAAUAAAAGAAAUAUUUAAUAGAUACGAUGAGUUAUUCAAAACUAGUGCCGGUAUUGAACAGCUUAAAGAAGAAGAACAAAUAUGUGAAAGUACAGAUAUGAAUAAAUCAGAGAAUAAACAAUUGUUUUUCCUGGAUAAGACUUCCGAAUUUAUGUAUGAAGCUCAGUACGGCAGCCCUGAAAGCAUUAAAGGUUUUUGUGAAGAUUUGACGAAUACGUCAAAAGUGUUUUCCGCAAAAGAUGAUGACAGUGACUUGUGGAACGAGAAAAAUAAUUGUUUUGACUACGAUUUCGAUGAUAUGAUUGAAAACAUGAGACAAGUAGACUGGAUUAUGGCUUGGACAUACCAAACUUGUACUGAAUUCGGCUACUUUCCCACUACUAAUUCUGAUAAUCAACCGUUUACAAAUAAUGUUUUCGUAGACUUGUUCUAUAGUUUGUGCACUAAAACAUACGGUGAUGAUUUCGAUGAAAAAAGAAUUGAUGAAGGUAUAGAGAGAGCUAACAAUAUGUAUGGAGGGUUAAAACCUAACGUUACUCAAGUCGUUUUUGUUAAUGGUGACUUGGAUCCAUACCACAAAUUAGGAGUUCUUGAAGAUGUUUCUUAUGAAGCACCGGCCAAGAUAAUACCACUAUCUUCACAUUGUAGAGACUUGUUUUCUGAUAGAGCUAAGGAUCCAGAGGAAUUGAAAGAAGCCAGGAAGUAUAUCAAAUAUUUGAUAAAAAGAUGGAUUGGAGCUGGGGAAUAUAAAAAGCCAUAGAAUUAACCAUUCAUUUUAUUAUCUAUCAGGCAGAUUCUGAAUUAUUUGAUGUAACAGCAUCAGCCCGUGGUUUGUGGAAACGAGCAAUACGAUAAUAUGGACUUUACAAGUCUCCAGCCAGUGCAAAGAUGAAAACUAACUACGUAAGUAGUACGUUCUAAAGGAAUUUGCGGGGUUCCGGCACAUUAGCAAUUAAGUAAUAUGGUUUCCUCUCCCAAUAAAUACGCGUGAGUACACUGUUACUGUUACAUCAAGUAAUUACUUAAAUAUUUUAGUUUAGUCUUUGAGUGUAUUAUUAAAGCAAUGGCAAUGAAACAAAUGUUUUAUUAAAAUAAUUGUAUAUUUACUCAUAAACGGUCUUCCUUAUGAUAGGUUACUCGAUAACCAACACCCAAUGCUAUACAAUACAAGUGGAUGUCGAUAUUAUGUUACUUAAAUUCGUAUUAGCAGCGUAUAUUACAUUGUGCUCGAAUAUAUUGAUAUUAUUGAUAACUGACGGGACACACACCAGUGUGCGAAUGAAAUGCUGGAAUUGUUUAAUUAAAAACAGACUUCUAUAACAGUCAUACAUUUCUUUAUGACAAUUUUUGAAAUGUGAAUUGUGUUUUUUUUAUUUGUGAAAAUGGCAUUCGUAGUUGUUGUAGUGUAAGUAGCCAUUGGAGAAAGAAUCAGAUUUAAAUUCGUAUUUGAAAUCAGACGACACUCAAAUAGUUUUUCAUCGUGAUCAUUUUCCUUUAUCAACAUUUGUGAUCGAGAAAAAUCGAUAAUUUUGCAGUGUUUUAAAUAUUCUCAUCUAAACAGUAUCGUUAUAAUUAUCUACAAUAAUGCAUAAGAUACAAUAUGGUAACCUGUGCAGCACCUCCGAUUAUAUUUUCAGCUACAUAUCAGUUUUAGAAGCUUUUAAAAUAAAAUCCGGUAAAAGGAAUGCUUCAAGCAAAUUCCUUUCAAGAAUAUUAUUUUAAAAUUAUGAAAUACAAAUACUAUAACACUAAAUGUGCUACAAAUACAAAAAAUAUA